AUGACGGCGGUGUUUUAUGUGGAGCGUGAAGUGAUGCAUCACGUCAUGCAAACCUAUCUGCCAACAGCACUCAUAGUAGUGAUUUCAUGGUUUAAUUUCUGGCUUGACGUCGAUUCCGCUCCAGCUCGCGUUUCGUUGAGCAUCACAACUUUGCUGACGAUAUCAACACAGGCAAAUGCUGUCAAAUUAGCAUUGCCAGAAGGUAUGCAUCCACUUAUUGGUAUACAUUGUUGA